AAUUUCAAUCACACGUAUUCAUUUAGACAAUUAUCACAUAAUAUUUAUGAGGAAUUCGAGUUUAUCUUUUUAUAAAUAUUAUUAAUUAUUAAAUAAGGCUUGGAAAAAUAAACUCAUUUUAAUAUCCAGCAAGUCCUAACAAAGUUUCAUAAUAUCGUUAAUGUUGGAUAUGUGAUCUAGUAGUCAACAAUCAAAUCAGCUGAGUUUUGUUUUCGUUGUUUGGUGUCCAUAAUUAGAGGCGUAUACCCACAUUAAAAAGAAGUCUUUGCGGUCAUUAUGAACGAAAUAAAGUCGUUAGAACACGCUACAUUGAAGGUGCCCUAUGAGAUAUUCAACAAACGGUAUCGUAAUGCUCAGCGUGUAUUGGAUGUAGAGGCUCGUCAGGUUGCUACAUCGGUUAGUGACUUGGACGCAACAACUAAGAAGGGGGCGACAGUCGGUGAAAUUGAUUCACUAUUAGGUGGAAUGGUAGAAAAAUUAACAACAAUGAAACGUAAAGCAUCCGAGGCUAUAACUGAGGAGGUGCAGGCUGCGUUUGUAUGUAAGAAGAGGUUGGAACAUCUCAAAGAACAGGCCGAAUCACUUUCAGACACAAGUGCCCCACAGGCUAAGACUCAGAUCAAUCAAUGGCGUAAGGUCCGUUUGGACAGAAUGUUGGUUGAUUAUUUCCUCCGUAAUGGCUACUAUGAGUCUGCCAACAAGCUGGCUGAUGCUCGCGAGCUUAGAGAUCUCACUAACGUUGAUAUCUACGCGGCAGCAUCCGAAGUAGAGUACGAGUUGUCCCUCCGGCGAACCGCUCGCUGUCUCCAGUGGUGUGCCGACAACAGGUCCAAGCUGAGGAAACUCAACUCCACCAUGGAGUUCAAGAUACGGAUACAGGAGUUCAUAGAGCUGGUCCGCGAGGACAGGCGCCUGGAGGCCGUCAGGUACGCCAAGAAACACUUCUCGACCUUCGAGGAAGGUCAGCUUGAGGAUAUACAGCACUGUAUGGGGAUGCUGGCCUUCCCCAAGGACACAGAGGUGGAGCCCUAUCAGUCCCUGCUGGGUUCCUGGCGCUGGGACGCCCUGGUGGCUCAGUUCCGCUGGGAACACGCCCGUCUGCUGCACCCCGCGCGCCUGCCCGCCCUGCCCGUGGCGCUGCAGCUCGGCCUGGCCGCUCUCAAUACGCCUCAGUGUUACAAGGACAGCACUAAGGUGUCGACGUGCCCGGCGUGCGCGGCGCCGCUGAACGCGCUGGCCCGCACGCUGCCGCACGCGCACGUGUCCCACUCCCGGCUGGUGUGCCGCCUGUCCCGCCUGCCGCUCAACGAACACAACCAGCCCAUGGUGCUGCCUAACGGACAGGUCUAUGGAGAGAAGGCCUUGAAGGAAAUGAUGAAGGAGCACGGAUCCAUUAUCUGUCCGAAAACAAAGGAAGUGUUCUGUAUGAAGCGCGUCGAGAAAGUAUACGUCAUGUAGACCCACCCUAACUUUGUAUUAUAACGUGUGUAUUCUCCCUUAUUAUUUGUAUCAUUCGAUCGUUUUAAAUUUAAGGCUGUGGAAAAUGGAAGUAAUACUUUAUAAGGUUAAUUAAAUUAAUCCGUUUGCUACGUCUCCCGCCCGCGGAGGUCACCUCUCUUGUGUUUUCAUAGUGAAUCUCGCGUGCAGCAUUACACUAGUUUUUUUAAUGUACCCUCAGAUUUUUUAUCCCGAUGAGUCCAUCUUAAACAUCGGAAAGAUAAGUUUUGCUUGUAAACGUUUAUAUAAGUUUUUCAUCUACGAAUUAAACAUUAUUAAUUA